CGCGGACCUUUAACUGGGCAGGAAGUGUGUGUUUUAAUGAAGUGACAGUUGCUGCUGCUGCCAUGGCGCUCGAUGUGAAGUCCAGAGCCAAACGAUAUGAGAAACUGGAUUUCCUCGGAGAGGGUCAGUUUGCCACUGUCUACAAAGCCAGGGACAAGACGAACGACACUAUAGUCGCUAUUAAAAAGAUUAAAGUUGGCCACAGAACUGAGGCUAAAGAUGGUAUAAAUAGGACAGCUCUGAGAGAGAUCAAGCUGCUGCAGGAGCUUCAUCAUUCAAAUAUCAUUGGGCUCCUGGACGCCUUUGGACACAAAUCUAACAUCAGUCUUGUGUUUGACUUCAUGGAAACAGAUCUAGAGGUGAUCAUCAAAGACACCAGCCUGGUCCUCACUCCAGCCAACAUCAAGGCCUACAUCCUCAUGACUUUACAGGGAUUAGAGUAUAUGCACCUGCACUGGGUCCUUCACAGGGAUCUGAAGCCCAAUAAUCUGCUGUUGGAUGGAAACGGGGUGUUGAAGUUGGCUGAUUUUGGUUUAGCCAAAUCCUUUGGCAGCCCCAACAGAGUCUACACCCACCAAGUCGUUACCAGGUGGUACCGCUCUCCUGAGCUCCUGUUUGGUGCGAGGAUGUACGGAGUGGGAGUCGACAUGUGGGCAGUGGGAUGCAUCCUGGCUGAGUUACUGCUUCGGAUACCAUUCCUUGCUGGAGACUCAGAUCUUGACCAACUGACUAAGAUCUUUGAGGCCCUUGGGACGGCAACAGAAGAGACGUGGCCUGGAAUGAGUAGUCUGCCAGAUUAUGUGUCUUUCAAAAUCUUUCCCGGGACACCUUUGGAACAUAUAUUCAGUGCAGCGGGGGACGACUUACUAGAGCUCCUACAGGGCCUCUUCACCUUUAACCCGUCAACGAGAACUACAGCUACACAGGCUCUGAAAAUGAAGUACUUCAGUAAUCGGCCUGGUCCCACUCCUGGGCCUCUGCUCCCUCGACCCAACUGCUCAGCUGAGGCUCUGAGGGAGAAGGAAACUAUUGGGCUUAAGAGGAAAAUAGAAGGACUGGAGACAACCGUGAUGAAGAAGAAGCUAAUUUUCUGACCAGGGUGGUGUCUGAUAAAGCUUCCACACAAUCUGUGGCUCCUCUCGCCACACCACUCAGGAUUGUCCACUGGAAAAGAAAUGUCCAAAACCGGCACAGAAAGACAAAAAAAAAAACGGCACAGAUGUGGUGGACUUCAGGACAUUUUAAAGGUUACUACAGCUGUUAUGUGAGUGGGAUACAGCACUCUAAUUAUCCGAGGUGCUGCUGUGUGCAGCAGUACAACAGAGACUGUGACUGUGACUGGUUCAGGUCAUUCUUCGCUGAUGCCCAAACUGUGGGAACCUCCAUGUCUUAUUUAUGUGACUGAGAACAACCAAACUAGGGUUACUUACUAGAGUUAUUUCAUGUAGAUGUAUUUUUAUUUUUUGUACGCAAGGCCAAUAAAUUGUGCAUAAGCAUAUUUGUUUAUUACUUUUGUGUUGCCAUAAUUACGUUAAAUAGAAAAUGUGGCUUUAUGUUAAUGAAUUUGUGAGGAGUAUGUACAAUUUAGUUAAGAUUAUGAUUUAAUGAAGAGGUGUGUGUGUGGACAGAAAUAUACUCUUAGUUUAUUUACUCAGCGUGGGAGUGAGAGUCGAUGAGUCACCUGUCUGUCUGAUGAGACAUAACUCUGCCUCCAGGGAGACUCCGAGCCUGACAGUAUGUCACGCAACAGUGUGCCAUUAAACAUCUUCCCUCCCUUGUC